AUGCGGGACUUGGUCCCAUUCCUAUCGCUGGCAUUUUUGGCAGUUAGUGAUGCGCAUGUGGCGCUCACAUUUCCUGAGGCACGAUAUCCGCCAUUGGAUUUCCUUGACACAUCACGAACCCACGGACCUUGUGGAGUGCCACUUCCGCAACGACCGCACUAUACAAACUUAAUCGCCGGCAGUACUUAUAACAUCACUUGGAGAAUGCAGUAUCCGCAUCAGGGAGGUUAUCGAAUAGCCCUCAUAGACAAAGAAGGCCAGAUUGUAGAAGAAUUAUCGCCUUUAAAUGGAAUGGAAUUUGCCGGAACCGACGAACCGAUAACUCAAUCUCAGAAUGUCCAAUUUACUCGGCCAUGUUCACAAUGUACAGUGAUCUUUGAACGACAAGCAUUGGAAUGGGGACAGAAUUAUCGGUUUCGAAGCUGCGCCGACGUAAAUGUUUUGGAAACUAUGCCUGAAAUUGACAGAUGCAGCGGUCAUGGCACGCUGGCCGAAAAUCGUUGUGUAUGCGAACAUGGAUACAAAGGCGAUAUUUGUCAGUAUAUAACUAACUGUCACCAUGACGAUGAUUGCCUCAACGGUGGUAAAUGUCUAGCUGAACCGAACUCAAUUGCCAGUGCCAGUUGCUAUUGUAGUUAUGGAUUCUUCGGCAAAAAUUGCGAACAAACCUACGAUCGUGUGGAAGAUACUUGCUUUUCCUAUGCAAGUAUACAAGAGAAAAAGUAUGAAAUGUAUGGAAUGUUUGAUUCUUCGUGUUACAAUAAGGAAAAAAUCAAUGAAAAUGAUGUCAUCUACUACAGAAAAGUGAAGAACGACGUGGAGAUCAUCCUCGACUUUGCCUCCACAUCUUGGGUAUCCAUAGGUUGGCGACCCGAAGGCUUGGACAAAUCCUGCCGUCUAUUCCCAGAUCUUGAGGGUGUCCGAUCAAAACGUUCCUCUACCGUAGAGUUGCCACCACUACUGCCGCCACCGUCUCAACCUAUCAGGAGAGAUCCCCCACCACCAAGUUCCCAAUCAGAACCAGUCUUUGAUCGUGAUCAUCCACCCACAAAAAUCGCCCAGGAGGGUCCACGACCUGUAAUGCCAAGGAAUAACGGACUACUGGAGACAGCGUUGAAAGCUCCCCUGCAUGCUAUGGAUUGCGUGGAUGUCUUGAUCGGCGCAGUUAGAGACGGACGAACUCGAGUUCAGGAUUCUUACUCAAGGGAUCGGUCGACACCAUUGGAAGACCACUGGUACGAUGGUGAAAUGUCGUUGUUAGCCUCGGCAGGUCGGGAAAUUGAUGGUAGGACGAUAGUGAUGUUCCGGAGAGCUGUGCAAGAGAUCGAGCCCACUGAUCAUCCACUGGGACCAGGUCGAAUGUUUGUAGUUUGGGCUAAAGGUCAAGAACAAGGCGCUUAUACUCAUGUAGCCCAGUCCGCUUUGGAUGAUGGCAAUCACUCAAACAUUCAGUUCUAUCCUGAUGAUAUUCUUAAGUAUCAUGGAGCUAAAAAUCGGGGUGUACAUCCUAUUGACUUUACAACACCUGUGAAGAUGCUCCGACCUGGAGAUGCUGCAUUUGGCGUUAACAUCGCUACAUCUCCAGCUCAACAGCCCGUUCAUCAGGAUAUUGCCGAAGCUUCUGAUGCCAGCACUACAACUUCGCUACCUGACACCUUAUUGACAUCAGAUCAACUUCCAUACGAAGAAUCAUCCUCUAAUAUUCGGGAUUUAACGAUACUCUCUUUUCUUAUUACUGCUUUGAUUGUCUUGUAUUAA